UUUUCCUGUCAGUGUCAAUUGAUUCGUCGCGGUGUACUGCCGCGAAAUUGGAGUGUCACCCAAUAUUACUGGAUAAUAUUUGUUUAAAUAUAUACUCAUAUAUUUGAUAAAGUUUAUUAACUAUCUCAAGACUCUGUCGGUGGAUUUAUUCACCGAGUCGGUUACAAUUUUUUUAAUUUCAUUUAUUAAAAUCAUUUUAAACACUGAUCGUUCUAGAAAAUUCUUAAAGUUUCUACGACAGAUCUCUAGUGCAAGUUAAACGUGUUUGAUUUUUUUUUUUUUUUUUUUUUAUUUUGUUUUCAAUAUAUAACAUUUAGUGAUUUUUUUUUCUUUUUUCUUUGACUAUUUUUUUUUUUUUAUUUUUUUUUCAAAGUUGAGUAAAGUAUUUAAUACAGUAUUUAAAUUUUUAAAUUGUGAAUUUAUGAUUUUAAUUUAGAGUGAAAAUAAUAUUUAUUUGAGAUUUAAUUUAUUUUAUAAAAUAAUUUACUCUGGGAGACGUGAUCGGUUGUAGAAAUCGUAAUAAUAAAUUAAGAGAAUACGUCUUUAAUCGAGUGAGAUUGUGGCUCCCUGGAUAUCGACGAAGCACGACAACGCCGAGUGAAUAGAAUGGAGUCUCUCUGUCAAGUAGUAACCAAAAGCGUCCAAAUUAGCAGCACCCCUAGCAAAGAAGACACCAAAAAUAUCAGCACCAGUGACGAUAACAACAAUCACGACAACACCAACAACAAUAAUAAUAUUAAUAUUAAUAAUAAUAAUAAUAAUAAUAACAAUACUCACACCAUCAGCAACACCAAUAACACCAGUACAAUAGCCACCAAGAACAACUUAAAUAGCUCACGAAGCUACAAAUCGUCUCUAAUAAACAGCAUAAUCGACAGCAGUGGCGGCGGAAAUGGGGGUGGUGGUGGUGGAGUCAAUAACAGCAGCAAACUUCACAAAGACAGUGACUGCCCAAAUGACCCCCAGCAAAGACUCGCAGUGUUAUCAUUCGAGCAGGUGCGUCGGUUAAAUGACGUUAUGAAUGAAGUUGUGAGCAUUCACGGGCGCGGUAAUUUUCCGACUCUCGAAGUGAAGUUGCGUGAUUUAGUGACUGUUGUACGUUCAAAAUUAGAAGAAGAUCCAAGUAAUGGUGGUGCUGGUAUGCGGGUACGCGACAUUCGUCUUAACGGUGGUGCAGCAUCCCAUGUACUUGCAACCGAGUCACAGCCAUACAAUGACUUAGAUUUAAUAUUUGCGGUCGAAUUAACAACACCCCGUAAUUUUGACCGUGUCAAGGCGGCCGUUCUUGGUUCGCUUUUCGAUUUAUUGCCAGAAGGUGUCAGUCGCAAACGAAUCACCACUUGUAGUCUUAAAGAAGCAUACGUUAGUAAAAUGGUUAAAGUUAAUGACGGUGACAGAUGGUCAUUGAUAUCUUUAGGAAAUUCACGUGGUCAUCGCAAUGUUGAACUUAAAUUUGUCGACACAAUGAAACGUCAGUUUGAAUUUUCUGUCGAUUCAUUUCAAAUAGUCCUCGAUUCAUUGCUGCUGUUCUAUGAAUGCAGCAAAUUACCAAUUGCUGAAAAUUUUUACCCAACAGUUGUCGGGGAAUCAGUUUACGGCGACUUUCAAGAGGCGCUUUAUCAUCUACACAAGAAAUUGAUAUCAACAAGGCAUCCGGAAGAAAUUCGCGGUGGCGGAUUGCUCAAGUACUGCAAUCUUCUGGUUAAAAUGUACAAACCAGCCCUACCUGAUUACAUGAAAACACUUGAACGGUACAUGUGUUCAAGAUUUUUCAUCGAUUUUCCUGACAUUAAUCAGCAGCAGGCUAAGCUAGAAAACUACUUGUGGAACCAUUUUGUUGGACCGGAAGAAGAAUCAUUAAAAUAUCAGUACCUGAUGUUGCUGCAGAGCGUCGUCGAGGAAUCGACCGUCUGUUUAAUGGGACACGAGAGAAGACAAACACUUGCGUUGAUCGAGAAUCUUGCCUUCCAAGUACUCUACCAAGAGCAGCAGCGACUAAAUAGUCAGCAGUCAGCUGCAGCAGUUGCUGCCGCAGCUGCAGCAGCCGCUAAUGGACAACCAGCUUACGUUUACACCAACACGGGAUUCUAUUAUCCGGUCAUACCAACCGCUUGUUACACGUGUACUUGUAAUUCGUGGAUGGCAUGCUCAUCGUGAUGUGAUUGUGAUAAUAAUAAUAAUAAUAAUAGUAAUAAUAAUAAUAAUAACAACUAUUAU